CGACCGCGGGACGACGUAUCUGAAGCUCGUGACGCGACGUUGCCACACCGCACCGAUGCUAUUUCACGACAAACUUGAUAUCAAACUAAUACGACUUGUCAGGGAGAAUCCGGUAUUGUACGAUCACAAUAAUGCUAAGUAUAUGGACUUUAAUAUGAGAGAGGUGACCUGGCAGAAAAUUGGCGACGAUCUGAAGAGAUCCGCCGCUGAUUGUAAAGUAAGAUGGAUUAACAUUCGAGAUGUAUACAGGCGAAUUUUAAGGAAAAACUUGGAACCAGGACAGCGUCCUAAAAUGUAUAAAUAUGAAAGUGAAGUUUCGUUUCUUCGGCCAUUUUACAAAGACGUGACGUUGCAAAAUGAAGAAUUUGAAUCAGACGAUCGAAGCAACGACCAAGGAAAUGACGAUCACGGGGACGACGAUGCUAACAACAGCGAUAAUUCAGACGUUCCCGAUAAAAAACCUAAAAUCAAAAGCUAUUAUAAGUCUAGUGUAAAGAAAAAGAAGAAGAGACGAAACUACGAGGAAGCUAUAGACCCAAUGAGCACGCCUACAUUGAACGACCCGGUUAGUCAAUCAGAAUUCGAUUCUACCGAUCCUGUGGACGCAUUCUUGCUAAGUAUCGGUGCGACGUUGAGAACAUUCUCGCCUUACCAUUUAAAUCUCGCAAAAAGCAAAAUAUUCUCAGUGGUUCAGGAACACGACCUUCAGCAAAUAGUCGAGAAAAACCAACAUAGUGAAACAACGCCACAUGAUAUCAAAAUCACUUCAUCAGAAUCAAUUUAUAUGCAGUAAUUGUAAUUAGAAAAAAGAGUAUAUACUUAUGUUUCGAAUAUUGUUAUGUGUGACUAUUGUUUUUGUAAAAAUUACAAAAUAACUCUUAAUUUGUGCAAUAUGGGUCAAAAAAAUCGAAUUGACAUUUCAAUGUGUUGAUUUUUAUUGAUUAAUGUCAACAAGUUACGUACGUAUUGUUUUAAGUAUAUUAAGUAUUGUUAAAUAAAAUA